UGACUUUAUUGGAUGGCAUCAACGAGGAAGUGGAGCCACUGCACCAGUCGGACUGGCCCCGGAGGGUUUUCAACAUGGACUCGGUGGCAAACUGGCUUUUUGGAGGCAGGUCAGAGGACGUGGAAAGGGAGGGGCAGACCCAGGGUCCCCCAGCCCGAUGUCAGUCCGCAGAGUGGGUUUCUGUCUGAGCGAUAAGAAGCGCAGGAGGAUGAAUCUGGACGCUUUCACCGACUUCUGCGCGAGUCAUGGAGUGGAAGUGGUGGAGAUCGACCUCACGCAGUCGCUGGGACCUCAGGGGCCGUUUGAUAUCAUCAUCCACAAACUGUCCGACGUGAUCGUGGAGGCCGAGCACGACAGCCAAUCACAGCAGCUCCUGGACAACUUUCAGAGCUACGUUUCAGCUCAUCCCAGAACCAUCCUGCUGGACCCGCUGCCCGCCAUGACCCAACUCCUCGACCGCUUCGCCUCCUGCCGAAUCAUGAGCAAGCUGCACAAUUCGCUGCGGGACUGGUGCAUCUGCAGUCCUCCUUAUCUGGAGAUCCACAGCGCCGCUGAUCUACCGUCCGUCCAGCAGACUGUCAUCAGCCGGGGCUUAAGCUUCCCACUCAUUUGUAAAACCAGAGUAGCACACGGUUCACUUUCUCAUGAGAUGUCUCUGAUCUUCAGUGCGGACGGUCUGGCUGAUGUUCAGCCUCCCUGCGUGCUCCAGAGCUUCGUGAACCACGGGGCAGUUCUGCACAAAGUGUAUGUGGUCGGAGACAGACACUACUGUGUGGAGAGGCCCUCCAUCAAGAACUUUCCUCCUGGACCCUGUGACAGGGAAACCAUCUUCUUCAACAGCCAUCAAGUGUCCAAACCAGAGUCGAAUUCGGACCUCACAGCUCUGGAUGAGAAUGUGCCGUACCUGCCUCCUCCCAGCUCCGAGGCCGUGGCCGCCCUGGUCAAGGAGCUCCGGGUCCAGCUGGGCAUGGCUCUGUUCGGCGUGGACGUCAUCAUCAACAUACACACACACACGCUCACCGUCAUUGACAUUAACAUCUUCCCAGGUUAUGAGGGAGUGCCCCAGUUCUUCUCCUCUUUGCUCAGCCACAUCAAGACGCUGCUGGAGCAGCACAGCUCCGCAAUGAACCCGGCCUCCGACUAGAAGCAGCAGCUGCUGCUUGAGUGGCUUCAAAAGUUCCAUCAGUGUUUCACAAACAGAUGAACAAAAAAGAAUUAUGAGGUUUAGUUUUUUUUUUUUUUUUUUUAAUUAAGUUAUCUGGAACUGGUCUUGCCCACAGUAAUAACUUUGUGCUGCUGAUUUCCACAAAACAAGCCAGACAACAGAGUUUGAUACACUUUCUGUUUAUUGAUCGACAGGUAGCGUAGAAGAAGAUACAGCAGGCACAAAAUACAGCACUCUGAUUGGCCAGUAAUAUUACAAAUGAUGUUUUAUUUUUAUUUUUUUUCCUAUUCGAAAUGUCCUCUUUGCCCAAACAUGUCCCCGCUCACCCCCACCUCCCUCUGCAGACAUUUCUUUCUUGCUGGUUUGUACGGUAUGUUUUGCAUUUUGUGGAAACAUUUUGCACUUCUAUAGAAAAAGGAAAAAGAAAAAAAAACAACCAAUACAUUCAUUUUUCAGUUAUUCUUCAGUGAACAAACAUCUGCUCUUUGGAAUAGACAUUAAUACGCUGAUAGGUGUUGACUGAUAAUGUGUGUUAUUGUUGUGUUUACACAAGCCGACCAGCCACUUUGUGUGUAGAUCACAUAAAUGUACGCUAAAUCCUGAAUGUGUAGAAAAAGGAGAGAUUAUAUUUGUAAUAUGAGUACUAUAUGAUGCACUUUGACUACAUAUUAAAAUACCUUACAUAAUUUAUUACUUGGCUAAUUAUUGCAUUCACGUGUGCUGUAUUCUAUGUCGUCUUAUUGCAGUAAAA